AUUUAGCGUCUUUUGUUACACGCGAACCAACUUUGUUAGAAACUAUAAAAGAACUUAUAUCGUCUAGUUCAUCUACGCGCGUGCACGAAGCCCUAUCGCGUCGAAUCCGCAAGGAUUCGGGAAAAUGUGAAACCUGCCUACGUAUGGAUAAUGAAGGAUUACUUAGUUGAAAUCUCAAGGAAUCUGGAAUUAUGAAGAACGUGGUCUUGGCAGAACCUAGAUGACUCCAGAUUCAAGAUACCUCCAUGGAUCAAAAUAUUGAAGGACUGCCAGAUUACAAAGAUAUCAAACAAAAUGAAUUUUGUUAUCGGAAACACAAGAAGCAGAAGGAGGAGGAUAUUGCAGUUUGCGAAUGCAAGUUUGAUGAUAAUGAUAACGAUAGUGCUUGUGGGGAGGGGUGCUUGAAUGUAUUAACUAGCACUGAGUGUACUCCUGGACAUUGUCCCUCUGGUGUUCAUUGCAGGAAUCAGAGAUUUCAGAAAUGUGAGUACGCAAAAACAAAGUUGUUCAAAACAGAAGGCCGUGGGUGGGGCCUUUUAGCUGAUGAGAACAUCAAGAAUGGACAGUUUAUUAUUGAAUAUUGUGGGGAAGUUAUUUCUUGGAAGGAAGCGAAGCGGAGAUCCCACACUUACGAAAAUCAGGGGCUCAAAGAUGCUUACAUCAUCUCUCUCAAUGCCUCUGAAUCAAUUGAUGCCACUAGAAAGGGAAGUCUUGCUAGAUUUAUAAAUCAUUCUUGCUUCCCAAACUGUGAAACAAGGAAGUGGAAUGUGUUGGGUGAAAUAAGGGUUGGAAUAUUUGCAAAGCAAGAUAUUUCCAUUGGGACUGAGUUGGCAUAUGAUUAUAAUUUCGAAUGGUAUGGAGGUGCCAAGGUUCGCUGCCUCUGUGGUGCGAGCAGCUGUUCAGGAUUCCUCGGAGCCAAGUCUCGUGGCUUCCUGGAGGAUACCUAUUUGUGGGAAGAUGACGAUGAUAGGUAUUCUGUUGAGAAAAUUCCACUUUACGAUUCCGCAGAGGAUGAUGAGCCUUACGUUAAGCUCCACACAGCAGUGACUAACACAUAUUCUGAGUUUGAAGGUUACCUGAAAAAUGAGGACCCAAUGAUCAUGGAUGAUUUGGGAGCUGAACAGCAGCUGGGAUCUACUGCAUUUAUUGAUACCUCAAAGGAUACGGUUCAAUUGCAAGAUAUAGUUGUAGGAGAAAUUAAAAAUGAUGCAAAAGAGGAGCCAGAAGAUCAUCCACAAAAUACGCAGCAGAAAUUUUCUGAUCAAAAUGCGAUGAUAUCUCGUAUUCGAAGUAAUACUGCUUGCCAUAACUAUCGCAUUGGACCUAGACCUGUGGCCAAGAAACGUUCAAGAAACUUAUCUAAUGGAAGGACAAAAAAAAUUUCUCUGAAGCAAGUAGAUGCUAAAUAUGUUGCUCGACUGUUAGAGAUGAAAGAAGCACAGGAUGAAGUCUUACAGUACGAGGAAACAAAGAAUAAAGUGAGUGCCGAACUUGAUUCGUUGUACAAUGAAAUACGACCUGCCAUUGAAGAAUAUGAAAGAGAUAGCCAAGACAGCGUAGCUACAAGUGUUGCGGAAAAGUGGAUAGAAGCAAGCUGUUUGAAACUGAAGGCAGAAUUUGAUCUUUAUUCUUCUAUAGUAAGAAAUGUUGCUUGCACUCCUUUAAGGUCAGGUGUCUCUACUGAACCUCAAGCUCUCGAAGCAGACGGCGACAAUGACCUGAAAUUGUUAACUAAUUAGACUGCUUAUCUCUGACAAUAUGAAACUGAAUUAGUUACUUUGGUAAACCAUUUUCCGUCACAUAUUAGCUGAUCGGUUGAGGGACACGAGUUCUUGUAAGAGGCAUCCUACAAGGUCUUCGGAGCAAUUGUUAUUGAAGCGUUUUCAGGUUAGAGGUAAUCAAAGCCUUCAAUUAUGAGCUUAUUUCUCAUUCUAUUCUUAAGGAUUUUUGUUUGCUGCUUGCUACCUAGUGCUGCCCUUGUUUGAAAUGACCAUUUAAUCUGAUCUAUUUUAAGGUCAAAAUACCAUUUUUGUCCAUUUA